GCAUGCUCAAAGCGAGUUUUUGUGCAGCUCCAUGGAGAGGCAGCUGCUGAGACGGUGAGAAGAAGAAACUUGACGCGCACGGAUACGAUUUAACCUAUAAACCCCACUGUAAAUGGGUUUAUCACGACACCAGACGUCUCUUUCGCGAAUCUCGUUCAGAUCUACAAGCUGUUUUGGAUGGAUAAUAUCGUUCACGUCUCGCCAAAAAGCCGUACGACGCCCUGUGAGCAGCGGCAGCCAUAGCUCGGUCACUGACGCUGGAGAACACUGUGAUCUGACUCUGCAAUGGCAGUCUUUAGUCACCAGGUGCUCCUGGCAGUCACCAGAUCAAGAGGAUCAUAUUUGAUGUCCAAGAGGCACAGCUGCUCAUCUCUAUCUUCCAAAGCUUAUGUCCACAUAGACUUUCCCCGCCACAUCUCUUCUUCGUUUCCUCCGCGACACUCCCGCUACAGCUACCCUCACUGCGCCCGAGUCCACUCCUUCAGCCGUGGCGACAGCUCCGUCCUGAUCGCUCGCGCUCUGCACAGCUCAGGUGUUUGGCUGCAGGAUAUAAAGCAGGACAACACUAAAACGUCUCCAGCAGCUGCCCAGGACGUUCCAACAGGAGAUAAGAAAGACUCUGCACCUGUCUCUCAACCUCCAUCAGGUCCCACUCCAACGUCCGCCGUUGCUUCUGCAGCACCAGCAGCCAUCCCUCCAGUUCAGGAGAGGGCAAUUGUGAAAAAAUCUCUGUAUCAGAAGAUUGUGGAUGAGUUGAAGCAUUACUACAACGGCUUCAGGUUACUGGGCAUUGACACUAAGAUUGCUGGCAGGAUGGUGUGGAGGCUGCUGCAUGGACAAGUGCUAACGCGCAGGGAGAGGAGGAGGCUGAUGAGGACCUGCGCUGACCUCUUCCGCCUGCUGCCCUUCAUGGUGUUCAUCAUUGUUCCUUUCAUGGAGUUCCUUCUUCCUGUCUUCCUCAAGCUUUUUCCAGAAAUGCUGCCCUCUACCUUUGAGACGGAGUCUAAAAAGGAGGAGAAGCAGAAGAAGGGUCUGGCUGCGAAGCUGGAACUGGCCAAGUUUCUCCAAGAGACCAUCGCUGAGAUGGCCCGAAGGAAUAAAGCAAAAGCUCAGAUUGAAGAGGAGACCCAGCGAUUCUCUAAAUAUGUUCAGAAGGUUCGAGGAACAGGCGAGCAGCCCUCCACGAAAGAGAUUGUCCGCUUUUCAAAGCUGUUUGAAGACGAACUGACCCUUGAGCACCUAGAGCGCCCCCAGCUGGUCGCUCUGUGCAAACUGUUGGAGCUUCAGCCCAUAGGCACGAACAACCUGCUGCGUUUCCAGCUGAUGAUGAAACUACGAGCUAUCAAGUCGGACGAUGAGAUGAUUGCAGCAGAGGGCGUGGCCGCCAUGAGUGUGUCAGAGUUACAGGGAGCGUGUCGUAGUCGUGGGAUGAGGUCUCUGGGUCUCACCACAGAUCAGCUACGUCAGCAGCUGCAGCAGUGGCUGGAUCUGCACCUGAAGGAGAACGUCCCUCCGUCACUGCUGCUGCUCUCCAGAGCCAUGUAUCUGACCGACCUCCAACCAAAACCCCCCGUCAUCCCACCCGUUCCCAAACUAGAGAAGGCCGCUGCUCCUCCUGCAGAAAACACAGCAGCAAACCCAGCCUCUACCUGCCCAGACCGAUUGGCAGACCCUGCUGUCAUCAUCAAGGACAGGCCGAUGGAGGAGCUGCGGGACAAGGCCCCUGUUGUGUUGGACAAAUCUUUAACUCCUGCCGAGGUACUUCAGGCCAAAGCAGCAACAGAGGUGUCCCAGAAGAGCAAGAUGAGUGCCAACGGUGUGUGAAGAGGGGCAGAGGUGUCUGGGAUAAAGCUAGAGGACUGACUCGCUCAAACAAACGUGUGUCGGUAAAGGGAGAGGAAGUGUCAGACGAUGCCUCAGUGUGGGCCCACGUUUCAGUUGUCCUCUGAAGAUUCCACCCUCUGUGUUUGGACUUGUAUCUGAUCCAGGAGGCCUGUUUCCUGGUUACCUCCCAGGACAGUUUGGCUCUUUCUGUUUCAUCUCCUGGUUAUUGAGCUUUGCUUCGCCUCCAUGACUGCCAGCUUAAUCCCUGGUGACUCUUAAUAUUUUUGCUGGACUGAAAGACCACCGAUGUUGAUAUUUAUCUGGAAAGUGACACUCAGACAUGUCUGUGUCGUUCCCAUUAGCUGUCCGAUAAAUCCCCAGCCCUGGAAGUCCUGUUUCUCUCCCCCCUCUCCUCUGUGUGUAAAUUUGUAAAUAUGUAUAUUUUUCUCUCUUGCACCACAGAAACAGUUUGCUAUGCAAAGGCCAACACUUUCUCUCGUAUCGGUUUGGUUUUAUUUGCUGAUGGUUUUUAAAAAGUUUCAAAAAAUGCUUUGCUGAACCUUUUGGUUCAGCCCCUGACCCACAUUCAGUAUUCUGUUCUAAUCGUCCAAAAAGAUCACAUUAAAUUAACAUUUAUUAAAUUAUAUCUAGAAUGUCAGUUUAUAUGUAGCCCUUAUUUCAGCAAAUGAAGACUGGUACAGACUUGGAGGAGGAUCGCUCCGUAAAUCUUGGACUGUUUAGUUGCAGUCUCUCUUUACUGGUAAACCCCUGAGAAGACAGACAAUUCAUACAAAGACAUGCAGAUAUAUAUGUUUUUGCAUGUAUGUUGUAUGUUUUGGGUUUGAACACUAGAAUGAUGUCCUGUCUAAAAGUAGAAAGAGGGUAUACUUGAUGUUAUCCAUAUAGAUGUGCUGUUAUAUGGGAGGAGAUGCUGAAAUCCUGAAACCACAGAUGAGAUUAUUUUUGUGUUGUGGCAAUAAAAGGGGUAAAUGUAUUUUGUACAGAUGGAUUUUCCCAAAUUCAGUAUUUUAUUUUUUUUGUUUAUUUUAAUAUUGAAGUCUUCUGAUUGUCCUGGACAAACCCUGACACCAAUGCAGUCAUAAUAAUUUAAUUUCUGUUUACCUGUAAGCACCUCCUAGCAAUUAGAAGAGCUACCUGAGGGGAUGUUUUUCAGCUGUUCCUGGGUUUAUGUGUGUGUGCCUGAGACUGCAGGUUACGUUAUUUACACGUCGGAUAUAAAGUGCAGGGUUGCACCUUUGCUGUUUGAUUGGGAUGUCUGAUUUUAUGCACUCCCUAUUUGAUCCAUAAAACGACCUGCUGUGCAAACAUCGGUUAUGAUACUAUUGGAAAAGUGGCUCUUUUCCAUCAGGAUCAACAUAUCGUAGCUGCUUUGCUUUGUGUGGUUGCUCUGUUGCAAGAUUCAAAAACAAAAUCCAGAAUGUCCCCUCGGAAACCCUCGCCUCACACUCCUGACAGGUGGGAUUAUAAGAGGUUUGUUGCAGCUGUAACCUCUGCAAAACUGAUGCGACGUGCAUCUGAGAGCCACUGGAUCUCUGCAGUGAUUUAGUUCAGCAGCAUCUGUCAACCUCAAGGGAUCAGCUGCAGGGAUUCUGACCGAUGCUUAAUGCAUUAAAGCAACAGCCAAACCUGGUUUGGAUUUAUGUUCAAGCAAACCUGGAGUGUUUCUUCUAAUGCAUUCUUAAUGCCUUUAUAGUCACCUUGUCUGUUGGUGAUUAUUUCUAACGGUCAUCUGUCUGGAAGCUGUAUCUGCUGCAGUCACUGGUGGUUUUAUAUGGACCGCUGUCCAGUUAGUCUUGCAUCAGCCUCCCAAGGCGAUGAUGAAGCAGAAUUCAUAAAAUAAAAAAACUAUACAACCCUUUAAA